AUGAAGAACCAUACAAAUAUCAACACCAUCCUUGUUCCUUUUAUAUUUUUCUUUGUUCUGUUUUCAUGGAUUUUCAUGGCCAUGAAUGCACAGAACACAACUAUUCAAGUGAAUGUGGGGGUUAUUCUUGACUUUGAUUCAGGGAGCCAAAAAACUGAUGAGUUUUACUGGAGUUGCAUGAAUCUGGCCCUCUCAGACUUCUAUGCAUCCAAUCCUCACUACAAGACUAGGCUAGUUUUGCUCCCAGGAAACUCCAAAGGAAAUGUUGUUGGUGCAGCUGCUGCAGCUGUAGAUUUGAUAAACAAUGCAGAAGUCCAAGCAAUCAUAGGGCCUGUAACAUCAAUGCAGGCGAACUUCGUUGUUAAUGUGGGAUACCAAGCUCAAGUGCCCAUUUUAACUUUUUCUGCAUCCAGUCCUUCUCUUGCUUCACUCGGGAGCUCUUUCUUUUUCCGACUUACACAAAAUGACUCAAUCCAAGUGAAAGCCAUAAGUAAUAUUGUUCAGAACUUUGGAUGGAGACAAGUUGUUCCCAUCUUUGAAGACACUUCUUAUGGGGAGGGAAUUAUACCGUUUCUAAUCGAUGCCUUGCAAACUGUUGAAGCUCAUGUUCCCCACAGAAGUGUAGUUUCCCAAUCAGCCACUGAUGAUCAAAUUGAAAUUGAGCUUAACAGGUUAAAAGGGAUGCCAACUAGAGUCUUCAUUGUGCAUAUGAAUCCUCAUCUGUGCUCCAGGCUAUUUGCCAAGGCAAAAAAGAUUGGAAUGGUGAGUGAUGGUUAUGUUUGGAUCAUUGCUAGUGGGAUAUCUAAUCGUUUAAGUUUGAUGAAACAUUCACACCUAAAUUCCAUGGAAGGUGUGUUAGGUAUACAAACAUACAUUCCAAGAACACUAAAGCUUAGAGAAUUUGAAAAGCGGUGGAAAAUGAAAUUCCAACAAGAGAAUCCAAACGUAACUAAGAUUAAGUUGGAUGUUUACGGAUUUCAAGCUCAUGAUGCUGUCUUUGCACUAGCUAUGGCAGUCGAACAAGUCGGAUAUACAAGCAUUGAAUAUCAAAAGCCAAGUGAUUCCUUCAAGGCAACAGAUCUUGAUGCCCUUAAGGUAUCUCAGUAUGGUCAAAAACUUGUUGGAGCCCUGUCUGGUAUUAGAUUUGAAGGUUUAGCUGGAGAUUUCAAUGUCGUAGAAGGGGAGCUUCAGUCAUCAACUUAUAACAUAAUUAAUGUAAUUGGUGGUAAAGCAAAGGCAAUUGCGUUGUGGACUCCAGAAAAAGGAAUGGUUGUUCCAACAAACACAAGCAAAAUCUUUACUAAUUCCAAGUGCAUUUUUGGACCCAUUAAGUGGCCAGGUGAUCCUAUCUGUGUUCCUAGAGGAUGGAAGAUCCCAACUAAUGGAAAUAAGUUGAAAAUAGGUGUUCCUGUCAAGAAAGGUUUUGAAGAGUUUGUUAGGAUCACGAAAGAUCCUAAUACUAACACAACGACUGUCACAGGGUUCUGUAUUGAUGUCUUCCUUGCAGCAGUGAAAUUAUUACCAUAUGAUCUUCCUCAUGUUUUCAUUCCCUAUGAAAAUUCUAAUGGGUCGAUGAAUGGGACUUAUGAUGAUUUGGUCUAUCAAGUAUAUCUCGAGAAAUUUGAUGCUGUUGUUGGAGAUACAACAAUUAGAGCAAACAGAUCCUUGUAUGUUGACUUUACAAUGCCAUACACUAAAUCUGAUGUAGGAAUGGUUGUGCUAAUCAGAGACAGCACAAGGAAAAAUGCAUGGAUUUUCAUGAAGCCUUUGACAUGGGGCCUUUGGUCGACAACUUUGUGUUUCUUUAUCUUUAUUGGUUUUGUUGUUUGGGUAUUGGAACAUCGAGUUAAUGAAGAUUUUCGGGGUCCUCCUUCACAUCAAGUUGGAACAAGCUUCUGGUUUUCUUUCUCAACCAUGGUUUUUGCACAUAGGGAGAGAGUGGUCAGCAACUUGGCUAGAUUUGUGAUGACUAUAUGGGUAUUUGUUAUGCUCAUAGUGACACAAAGUUACACAGCUAGUCUCUCAUCACUAUUAACAGUCCAACAACUCAUGCCGACUGUUACUGACUUAAGUGAUCUUUUAAGGAAUGGCGAUGAUGUCGGCUACAUCGAGAAUGCCUUUGUUCGUGAAGUCUUGUAUGAAAUAGGUUUUAAUAAUACCAGGCUCAGGGUUAUUAAAUCCGCGGAAGAUGGUGAUAAAGAGCUCACAAAAGGUACUACAAAGGGUGGUAUUGCUGCUUUUGUUGGUGGAACGCCAUUGUUGAAGGUUUUUGUUGCAAAGUACUGCUCCAAAUACACCAUGAUUGGACCUAUCUCCAAAACUAAUGGGUUUGCUUUCGUGUUCCCUAAACGUUCACCUCUUGUAGCUGAUAUGUCAAGCGCAAUCCUAAAUUUGACCGAAGGAAAGGAGAUUCUGAAUCUUGAAGCCACUUGGCUAGGGAACGAAAGCAUUUGUCAAGGCUCAAGUUCUGCCAAUAUAUCUGGCAACAGUCUUGGCCUUGAGAGCUUUUGGGGACUAUUCCUCAUUGCUGGAGUCGCUUCUGUAUUAGCUCUCAUCAUAUUUUUUGCUUCCUUCCUUUACGAGCAUAAGCAUGUCUUGAUGCCCCCUAAUUCAAGAGCUUCCAUAUGGAGAAGGAUUCAUGCCUUAAUUGAAAUUUUUGAUGAUAGAGAUGCCAGCUCUUAUACUUUCAGAAGCAGUCAACCGUCUAAUAAAAUCAUUAGUGUUGGCGAUCAUGGACCGAAUGCGUCACCGAUUAGCAACUGGCCAGAAAGCCCCUUCAGCUAUACAAACCAUGAAGAUCUUGACUCUGUAUUUGGAGGUCAACAAACACCAGCUCCAGGUGGAGCAUCUCCGGAACCAGUUCCAACUAUUGAGCUUGCUAUCACUAUUUAA